UGGUGUUCAGCUAACGUUACGUAGCUAGCUAGUAGAUGGCCGCUAGUUAUUACGUUAACUAGCUACCAAAUAGUGGGGGGUAGUGACUAGACUACCUGCGGUGGAUUUGAUGGUAUCUAGCGAAGUGAAAAACUAUCCUGAUUUGCAAACUGUUGCCGGUCUAGAAAAACUGGCUAGUUGGCCUGUUAGCUAGCUGUCCAGGUGGCUGAUUGUGUAGCUAGCUAUUUAACAAGUAAGCUAGUGUGAUGAACCAGAAUUGCAACACAACACAGUGGAUCUGUCUCUUCAUUUCAGUAACGUAGCUACAGCCAAAGGGUGAAGUUAAUUGUAGCAAGAACAACGUUGUUAGCUAGCUGACUAGCUAAUAACUAACUCCAAAGCUGUUGGCUUCUAGCUAAGUUAGCAGCUAGCCAAAUGACUGAGGGGAUGUGGUCUGAAGUGAAGACGGAUGUUUGUUGAGUGUUCAUGAAACAAAUGUAGCUAGCUAACUUAGCGAGGUUUGAUGAUGGAACAUCAGGUGGUUAAACCAUAUUGCCAAUGCUCAAUGGUAAUAAAUACAAAAGCCAGAAGUCCCUGGUGUUUUCCAUACACGUGUAACUAGUUAACUACUCUGUAAACUGUCCAUUUGAGCAAUUAAAGUUGGGUGGAGACUAGAGUAGAGUGAAGUCCAUUAUUGAUUACCACGUUGGCACGCAUGCAGUGAACUGUGGCAAUUUGUUCAGCUAAGUGGUGUUUACAUUUAGGGCAGAGCCAACAAGAGGUCUGAAAAAGUGUAACCAUUAUAUCGCGAGAACAGCAAUGAUGUUAGAGCUCUGAUGGUGGUCUGUCCCCUGCCUUCAUUGUGACUCGUGUCCACUACCUUCCUCUCCCUGCCCAGUGUGUGUGCCACCAUUUCACCAUGACCCUGCAUCCUCUCCUCUUCCUGUCCCCCAUCCUUGGGCUCCUGGUGCUGCCUUGUCUGUCAUCCCAUGUGGCCAGCCAGUUCAGCAUUGUGGCCAGCCGGACAAUGACUGAGCAAACCCAGUGCUCUGAAGCAUGCUCACUCAAUACAGCAUGUGAUCAUGCUUUCUUUCGGAAAGAAAAGUCCACCUGCUUUUUCUUGACGUGUCCAAAUGGCACCAACUGCAACAGUAUCUCCGUCGCUGACCUGAUCAGGAAACAAGAUACAGACAUCCGUGUUUUUAAGAGAGAAACUGGAACAGCCACUCAGUCUUCAAAUUCCAGUUCCAGAACUCCAUCAGAACUUAAGAACCCGACUGCUCAUAAAUUGAGCAAUAACAGUGAUGAUGGUCAGGCGCCGACUGUUGAAGACUCUGCUGUUGUCUCAGCUGCAUCUACCAUGACUGAGGUACCCAUGCCAGCUCCCAAGGAUGACGCCGCAACUACAGUAUCUGACACAAAGGGCCAAAGCCCAGUGACAACCACAGCCACUUCAGUAAAGCUGGAAUCUACUACUGUUAGGACUCCCAAAGCCCAGACCACUUCACCAGCCAUCCCACAGAUAACGACAACAAUGGAAUCAGAAACAACAACCACUACAACUACUACCACCACAACAGCAAUGCCAUCUACUACCAACACCACCACAACACAACCAACUACCACCACCACAACAAUCCCAUCAACUACUACUACUACCACCACAACAGCAACGCCAUCUACUACCAACACCACCACAACACAACCAACUACCACCACCACAACAAUCCCAUCAACUACUACCACCACCACCACAAUAAAAACAACAGCAUUACCGUCAACUACCACUCCAAAAACAACAACAACAACCACCACCACCGCAGACACGUCUACAGAUGAGGAGAAGAAGCCAUCACCAACCAUUCCGGAGGCACCCAGCACUCGAGUUACCUCCAGAAACUCUAUGGUUCCUUCAACCGCCACUGCUGAGGUCGGCACAAAAAGGCUGGACGGAGGCACCAACACCAACAGAGCCAUUAUAGACGUUGUUGCCGGCGAGAUUCUGACUCGCCAGUUGGUGGACACAAGUGCUCUAUUGGCUGUCCUGUUGUUUGGCCUCCUCUUCUUCCUAGUUACGGUUGUCCUCUUCCUCACACAGGCAUAUAAGAGCUACAGGAGGAAAGACUACACCCAGGUGGACUAUCUCAUCAAUGGAAUGUAUUCUGAUUCAGGGGUUUAAAAGUGACAGUUGAGUGUUUACAUUUCAACAUGGUUCAGUUAUUUCUAUUUUUCUAUUUUCUUUAUUGGAACAGGGUUAAUAACAUGCGUGAGUUAACAGAUUGUCAAUGUUGCACUAGCCUUUGCCCUAGUAUUGUAUUACAUUUCUGUCUUAAAGGUACACUAGCAUACAGAGAUUUUUUCAACUAUGUAUAAGUUGCCCCAGGCCUGCUGUGGUUUUAUUCAGGCCUUAAGAUCUUACGAUGGGUCAAGAAAUACACCUCUUGGUCAUCAGGCCAUGGGCCAAAGUAUCACCACAGUGGUUUGUUAGUCCUAUAAAACUAUGUCUUCCAUUUCUAUGCAGAUGACGCUUCCACCUCCAACCAAUAGGAUUAAGGCCAUAGACUGUUAAGUCGUCCGUUUUUUAAAUAGUGAAUAUAAUUCGGAGUUCUGUGGAAAAGGGGCUGAAAAGGUUUAUUCAUGUAGCUUUGUUUAAACUCUUAUUUAAUUUACUGUACAUUUUUCAGGUGUAUGUAUACAUUGCUUUGGGUUGGUUUGUUUGUAAUUUUUCAUGCCUUUUCCCUCUGUUCAUGACUUGCUUGUUUCCUUUGUUUACCAUUCCUGUCCUUGGAUUAAGAUUGAAUGCCAAAAUGAUCACUGUACCACUGAAGCACAUUAACGUUAAAGCCAAGGGAAUUGCCUAGCCAUUAUGAACUCCAUUCCACGACGAAGAAGAAGGACCAUGACCAAAAGAGACUUUCCAAUGCGGAGGAACUUCUGUCAAGGGUGGAAACGGGUCUGAAGGCCUGUUAUGUGCCAAUUUAAAUCUUACUAACGUGCAAUUAGAUAUGUUAUUUGCAGUAAAGAAAACAAUUAAGAAUUAAAUUGAUUGUUCUUUCAUCCCCACAAAUAUUCAGUAAUGUCAGUAAGGAUUAAUCAUAACUCCUGUAAGACUUUUAAGAUGUUUGCAUGACUGUGUAUAUGCUGUGUUUCAGGGAGAGAUUCGGUGUUGUUUAUUAGAAGGGCAUAUCAAUGUCUGGGUGUAAUUAAGGUGUUGCACGUAAACAGCCCACAGCCGUAGCCCAGUAAUAGCUGCCUGGGAAUAUGAUGCACAUGUAAUGUGUCUGUUUGUUGGGAAAGUUUGAAGGUCUGGGAAUUAAUUGGCAGAGAAUAAAAAAAUGAGAGUGGGGAGGUGGUCCGACACCUUUACAAUGCACACGC